UGAGUUAUCGCAUUUGCAGGUUAGGUUAAGGUCAUGUGUUUGUCGAUCACGUAAACUUUCAGUGCAAAACCUUGGCUGGUUUUCAUUGCUUUGUGCCAUAACUACUCCACCUAACAGCGAUGCAUCGCUCUACUAAAAUAUGAGGCUGGCUACGAUCAGGCUAUUCCACCUCAGCAGGAAUAGCCUGUUGACAUCAACAGAAGUAGCCACUGCUCUUAGGCCGUUUUAUUUUGCUGUACAUCCCGAUUUGUUUGAGCAAUUUCCAAAAGAAAGGACAACUAAUGAGAAUUCUCUUAAACAAUUGAAUUCUUUCAUUGAAACCGUUCAAAAAUCGCGCCACGUUCAACCCUGCAGUAUACAAUUCUACAUCAGAGACAAUAAAAUAGAUACCAAGAAAGGUACAUUCAAAUUAGUUAAACUAGACUUGAGGGAAAGAGAUCUUAGAUCAAUUCUCCUAAAAGUUCUCAAAUCAUGUAACCUGAGUACAGAAUUUAUCGACAAACUUCCACAACCAGCGCAAAAUUCAUCCAGCGGUUAUACAUUUGUAAGACCCGAUCGAACAAACGAUAUUGACUUAACUAAUCUAGACCCGAACGACGUGAUUUUCGGCCCGCUGGCGGUGAAACGCACAAUUCGCGAAGCGCAAGAAAAUCUAAGACUCUGUAAAUGGCUGGAGAGCAACAACAAAGAAGCAUUGGAACGCAGUAAUCUAACAAUGCCAAUGCGAGAAGACAUUGAAGCAUUAAGUAAAACUCUCUCAGCUGAGUUAAAGUUAUCCGACUUAAGAUGGGACUGCGGUUGGAAUAUCCAACACUUUAAAGGCUGCUUACAGAGCUUGAAUGCGUUGACAGUCGAACACUUUGAUGAUCUUCAGUGUUUAAAAGGCAGAAUCUUGGUGUUUGCACCAUUCACCGGCGUUAGUUUGGAUGGUCACAUCAUGUUGAACAGUGGUGAAGUUAGACACAACUGGUUGGAUUUGAUCAAAAAUAUCAAGAAGUACGAUGAACAUCUAGAAAGAAUUCCCGCAUUCGAAAAGGCUGUCUCUCAAGUGCUGCGAGAUAUUAAAGUAAUGCGACGUAAAUUUAUGCCGAAGAUUCUCGCCGGCGAGUAUGAGCGCCAUCUACAACAAAUCACCACAUCCCUGAGUGACUUUCUUACAUAUAAAAAGUUUCCAAAAACUUGGCCAAAAUCACUCAAAAGAUUUGAAAUCGUCGUUGAAACGGAGGCUGGUCCAUUGAUGGUAUCCCCAACAGGACAAUUCAUCGUCCCUGCGUCAUGCCCAGGCUUCCUCCUAGUCAGUUUCAUCACAGAUAACAUGGAACUCGCGCUGGAGAACAUGAGUCGCUACGAAACCGACAAACACAUCGAGCGCUCACUGCAGGAAAAGUGUAAGAUUAAUUUACAGUUGCUGAGUCUGCGUAAAGACGACAACGUGACGCCGGAGAUGAUGAUCGCGUGCUGCGAGAAUCUACUGGUUCAUCAGCGUCGAUUGUCCGAGCUUACAAACGGCCUGCGACUGAGUAUUUCAACGUAUUAUUCGGUGCUGUCCGAUGGGGUUGUUUGCGUGCCAUGGAACUGGAAAUUGUGAUCAUAGAUAAAUAGUUAAGAUUACUAGGUCAAUUAUAAUUAAAAUAUUAUAUAAUAGUUGUAGUUGAUGAAAUGAAAUGAAAACUAAUCGCUAUCUUCGCUUGA